AUUUCUGGGCAGAAACUGAAGACUCGAGUGGUGAAGAAGAAUGUCAAUCCUGAAUGGAAUGAAGACUUAACAUUAUCCAUCACUGAACCAAUUCAACCAAUCAAACUGCAAGUUUAUGACAAGGAUAUAUUUUCCCUAGACGAUAAAAUGGGAGAUGCAGAACUUGACAUAUUUCCAUUUAUAGAUGCUGUAAGAAAGCGCUUCGAGAACAUUCCGAAUGGAACCAUAAUCACCAAAAUAAAGCCAAGCAGGGAAAAUUGCUUCUCUGAAGAAAGCUGUAUUGUCUGGGAAAAUGGUCAAGUUGUUCAAAAUGUGUUUAUUAGAUUGCGAAAUGUUGAGCGUGGUGAAAUAGAGCUACAAUUGCGGUGGAUUGAUAUUCCUAAUUCCAAGGGUCUGUAGUUACUUGUGACACCCUUUAUUCUAUCCAACAUGUAUAGUAAGUAGUAUAUGCUUUCUUGAUAUCUGGUUAGCUCCAUCUUGUAUUAGUCUCCCUUCUUUAAUCUGUAUUCUGUAAAGUUACAGUGAGAUGUUUGUGGUAUUUUUUGUUAAGUUUCUCUUUUAUUGAAUAUUAAAGUUACCUAAUUAAUGAA